AAGUGUUAAGGGGUCGCAUACUGAAGAAUUUCGUCGUCACGCGGUCGCGUUUUGUUAUAUGAUUUGUUCGUACUGCAGUUCUAUUGUAAUAGGAAGCCGUAUAUAUAAGUAGACUAAGGAGUAAGGGCAUGCUUUGUCUGUAGGUAGCCGGUAUUUGAGCUGAGAGGAAUGUCGUAAACAAAAAAAAGGAAUAUCCAGUUCAAUGGCACAGAAUACUAGCAGAUAAUCGAAGGUACGAGAACCUCGUGAUACAAGUGGGCAAGACAGAGAUGAAAUCUAACGGGAAAGUCGCUCUUAAAAGGAGGUCAUCUAGUGUUAGAGAAAGGGAUGAUGAUGUCAACAUCAACAAAUUUCCAAAACUGGACAGUAAGACACGCAAAAAACAGAAAAAUACCAAACCAAUUGGUGACUUUGCCAAAAAAAUUAGAAAUUCUGUUAAAAACAUUUCCCCUUUAAAAAAAUCAUUUUGUGAAACGAAGAAAGAUGGGUCUCGAAAAACAAAAGUAGAUGUUCUGAAAUCUCAAAAGGGAUAUGCGAAAAAUAAGAACAAAGAAACUUGUAGAGAGAAAAACAAUACAACAACUAACAAUAAAGAACCGACUCAAAAAGCAGCUCAUAAAUUCGGAACCGUUUUUCAGAUAAAAACAAAAUCGAAGUCCGGUGGAGAUUGUGUUACUCAGUCGUUUUCACCAAAAAGCAACGUUAAUCCAACACCUUCUACCACAGUAAACUGUAUCAUAUUCCCAAAAUAUACGCUAACAACAAGAUCAGCUCUAAGAAUUGGCGGUGGAAUGAGUGAAAAGCUUUUCGAUGGAUUACCAAACAAAAGUAGAAGUGUUAACAGAAAAUGCUCCGAAAAAACAGAAAAUUCAGAACUACUCAAAUCUGAACCAUCAGUUGUGAGUCCAGAUUACCAUAAAGCGAUCGUAAAAACAAACGUAACUUCUCACUGGCACAUCGCUAGAGGUCGUCGUGAAGCGAGUCUUAACGCAUCAGCAAAGAUGCGCUUGUUGUAUGAGAACAAUGUCCGAGGUAAUUGGACAAGAGAACAUUCUAAUUACAACAGGGAUGAGAGAGAUCUUUUGUGUGAGAAAAAACGUGAGAAGACAAGAUGGGACUACAAAAAUAUCCCGGAAAAGCAAAACUUGUCGAACAAGGUUAUGAAGGCAAAACAUAUAAAGAAGCAAAAGGAAAAACUACAACGCCACCCGAGAGGAAUCGUGAGUGAAGAGGUUUUCGAUACUAGAUCAUGUAAACGUAUGGCAAACCUAAAUGCUCAGGCGAUCCUGUGUGCUAGCUAUUCCCAAGAACGGUGGCGUAGAGAGAAAAUAGAAAAGAAUGUCUAUCCUACAGUAGAUGUCCAGUAUGAAAUUAGCCACAUUCAAGAAGAAAGGCUUGAAGCAUUCUCUGUACACUCCAGUAUCACUGACUCCACCAAAGAACAUGAAAUGCACAUGACAACUUGUAACACUCACGUAAUGGUGACGCCACACAACAACGACGAAGCUGUAAAAUUUGAGAAAGUGACAGCAAGUGUUAGUAAUAAGAAAAAUCCGAAACCUGCAAGGAUACAGAAUCUGCCAAAUAACCAGUUGAUUGUGGGACGUCGAAAUAACCACAUAGAACCCCUGCCGUCUGGUCCAGCUGCUUUGAUUCCCGUUUCGUCCACCAGCGAGGGAAACCGCACGAGACUCGAAAAAGUAGGGAUGGCUCAGUACACGGAGGUAACCAAAGUGCACAUUAACGCGAGAAAAGAAAUGGGGGUGAAAGAAGAAAAGACAAAAGAACGCAUUCUAGACACUGACAAUGUAGCCAUUACUCGUAUGUGUCACUACCAAACUAAUGCAACCAGCCAGAGCUAUCGCCUCCGGAUGGAAACUACUUACAAGCCUAACUUAACGACCCAUGAGUUCUCACCACUGGUAAGGCAGAAACAGAAGUCGGAAAGGCACGUCUCUUCCGUUGCACAACAGGUAAUUGACCUUGGACAGUAUUCACGAAAUAUGAAUAUUGAAGUUCAAGGGGUACCAGAAAUACAGGGAGAGAAUAGUAGAGAUAUUGUUCAAGUAGUUGCAAAGGCAGCUAAUAUCACUGUAAAAUAUCAAGAUAUUCAAAUAGCUCAUAGAGUAACACCAGGAAAUAUAAAAAUAAAACUAGGCCGAUUAUCGUACAAUUUUCGAAUAGACAACUUAGGAAUAAAUGGUUUCAUAAAGAAGUGA